AAAACACCUCCAGGAGAUUCCAUCCUCCAGCAGUAAUGUUUCCGCCAGAUUCAGCUGGGAAAAACGGCAGAAGGUGAAGGAAAAGGACUUUCUCAUUGCGCGCCAGCCUCGGCUGUUCACAGAGUCCGAGUCAGGUACUUCUUGGGGUGCACUUCCAGAUGAACUGCUUCUGGCAAUCUUUUCAUAUUUGCCCCUACAUGACUUGCUAAAAACUUCCCUGGUUUGUAAGAGAUGGCAUUGUCUUUCGUUUGAUGACUCUCUCUGGCAGUCUCUUGAUCUGACCGGUAGAAAUCUGCUGCCAGGAGUAAUUGGACAGUUGCUGCCUGCAGGUGUUACUAUAUUCCGCUGCCCAAGAUCUUGUAUUGGGAACCCGUUGUUUAAAACAAGCAAACCUCUCAGAGUUCAAUAUAUGGAUUUGUCAAACUGCACAGUGUCUGUUGCAGACCUCCAGAGUAUUCUUUGCCUGUGUGACAAGCUGCAGAACCUCAGCUUGGAGGGACUAGUGCUUUCUGACGACAUCAUGGAGAGCAUUGCUCAGAACCCCAGUUUGCUGCGACUAAAUCUCAGUGGGUGCUCAGGGUUUUCUGCAGAAGCCUUGGAGCUGAUGUUGAGCUACUGUUCUGCGUUGGAGGAGCUGAACUUGUCCUGGUGUGACUUCACAGCCACCCAUGUCAAAGCAGCAGUCAAUAAUCUUACUUCAAAAGUAAGCCAGCUAAAUUUAAGUGGAUACAGACAGAAUCUACAAAUGCCAGAUGUUAAAACACUGGUGGAAAGAUGUCCUCGUCUUGUCCACUUAGAUCUAAGUGACAGUGUGAUGUUGAAGUCUGAAUGCUUCCAGUAUUUUCGUCAACUCCCCUUUCUACAACAUCUGUGUCUUAGCCGAUGUUAUCAGAUAUCACCUGCUGCCUUAGUAGAACUGGGUGAAAUUCCAACAUUAAAGACUCUUCAGGUAUUUGGAAUAGUGACUGACAGCUCCCUACAGGUCCUCAGGGAAGCACUUCCUGAGGUGAAGAUCAAUUGUUCAUACUUUACAAGUAUCGCAAGACCAACUAUUGGCAGUAAAAAGAACCAUGAGAUUUGGGGCAUCAAAUGCAGAUUGAUGCUGAGAAAUCCUAAUAACGUAUGAUCAUGUACUGGAUGUGACAGAUGCACUGUAUGUAGUGAAACUCCUUAAGAAGCA